AUGAUCUUCGGUGGUGAUGAUCGCAGCAGUACGGGCCGACCGGACAACAGUCUACGCCUGUUCCGCGAUCGUGCGGGUGCUGUCGAUCGUUGCAGUGGGAACACCCCGUCGCCAGCAUCGGCCCCGGCGUCACCAGCGUCCGUGAGGUCGUCCUGGUCGGUAGACUUCUCCAGUGCCUCACCGGAAGACCUCGAUCGGGACAGCAGCGACAGUCACGGUGCGGGCCGUACUCCACCACUACCGCUGGCCAAGUUCUUGGAUCAGCAGGAGGCAGCCCUAAAAGUGCCCCAGGAGGGAAAGAAAACCGACAAGUCUUUGCCAACGACACCCGGUACCCUGGCCAAUGCAUUUGGUUCGACCGUAACUCGAUUAGUGUGCCCGUCGGUGGACAUCUUCCAGACGCUCCUCGAUAUCCAGACCGCGGAAUCGCGAAAUCGGUCACUGUCGUUGACCGGCAACGGAACAACUGACCAUAGCGUCUUAGCCGCCAGCGGGUGUGCCCGUUCGGAUCCUGGGACGCCGGCAUCGCGCAGGAUGCCAACGCAAACGGCUGACCCACUGACCGCUAGCGAUCAGUCACCGGGAGGCGCAGGUGACGAUCCGGAGGUGGUUAAGGCGAUGGCCACUCUGGCGGUUCCGGAAUCCAUGGACGACGAGCCACAGGGGAGCGGGGACGAAAUGGAAGAGGUAGACCCCGACCAGGAGGAUGCAGGAUUGCUCCACCUGGCUCGCCUCGCUUGUCGGGUCCAGUUUGAACGCAACGUUCACGAUUACGAGCGGGGACCAACGGAACCCAAAUCUAAUUCCUGUGGCGACGGGGGCCAACUGCGGUGCACUCCCGACUGGAGCGAAAAUGCCAUUUCCGGGGAGCAUCUCUGGGCGCCGGCUUCCGUGUCCGGCGAGUGUUGCAGUCUGGGUGAGAGUGAGUGUACGAGGCACGGGACGCGGUUCAAGUGUUCCGCGUGCAAAAACACCGUCCACAUCAACUGCAUUCCGGCGCUGGCGGAAAAGGAGCAGCUGCGGUGUAAGCCCACGUUUCGGGACGUUGGCGUGCGGCAGUACCGCGAGAAGACGACGACCACGCACCACUGGGUGCCGCGGCGGGCGGAGAAGGGCAAGUGCAAGGCGUGCAGCAAGGCCCUGCAAGCCAAGCUGUCGUUCUCGUCGAAGGAGAUCGUCGCCCUGACCUGCGCCUGGUGUAAAGCUUCGUACCACAACAAGGAAUCCUGCUUCACUUCACAACGGCUGGAAGAAGAGUGUUCACUCGGCAUCCACAGUGGCAUCGUGGUGCCUCCGUCGUGGAUAGUGAAGCUCCCGCGCAAGGGAGACUUCAAGUCGUCGCUCCGCAAGACACCGCAGAAGCGGCGAAAGAGCUCCAAGGACGCUGCGGCCAGCAAGGAACCGCGCGCGUUUGCGAUCAAACCGAUACCCACGGCCAACGUGACGCCGGUGCUGGUGUUCAUUAAUCCCAAGUCCGGCGGGAAUCAGGGUGCUAAGCUGCUGCAGAAAUUCCAAUGGCUGCUAAAUCCUCGACAAGUAUUCGACCUAACCCAGGGUGGACCCAAGAUGGGACUGGAGCUUUUCCGGAAGGUACCGCAGCUUCGGGUGCUGGCGUGCGGUGGCGACGGUACGGUCGGCUGGGUCCUGUCCGUACUGGAUCAGAUUAACUUUCUGCCACCACCGGCCGUCGGUGUCCUGCCGCUCGGCACCGGCAACGAUUUGGCCCGGGCCCUCGGUUGGGGUGGUGGCUACACGGAUGAGCCGAUCGGUAAGAUCCUGGAUAACAUCGGGAACUCCGAUACGGUGCUGCUGGAUCGGUGGUCCCUGAAGGUGGAACCGAACACGUCCGCGACGAACGUGGCCGAUGGUAAAGACAAUCUGCCCCUGAACGUGGUCAAUAAUUAUUUUUCGCUUGGCGUUGACGCUCACAUCGCGCUGGAAUUCCACGAAGCUCGAGAGGCCCACCCGGAGAAGUUUAAUUCUCGGUUGCGCAACAAGAUGUUUUACGGCCAGGCCGGCGGAAAGGAUCUGCUGAAGCGCAAGUGGAAAGGAUUGGCCGAGUUUGUGACGCUCGAGUGCGACGGCAAGGACCUGACACCCAAGCUGAAGGAGCACAAGGUGCACGCGAUAGUAUUUCUGAACAUUCCAAGCUACGGUGGUGGAACCCAUCCGUGGAACAAAUCCGGUGGCCAGUUCGAACCGUCCACGGACGACGGUAUGAUAGAGGUGGUCGGGCUGACGACGUACCAGCUACCGUUGCUACAGGCGGGCGGUCACGGGACCUGCAUUGCCCAGUGCAAGUCCGCCAAGAUCGUCACGUCCCGCACGAUACCAAUGCAGGUGGAUGGCGAGGCGUGCAAGCUGAAGCCAUCCAGCAUCGAGAUGACGCUGCUGAAUAAAGCUGUGAUGCUGGCCAAGAAGAAACCGGGUCGAGCGAAUGUGAUGCAAGAGAAGCUGGAGUCCCUCAACCUGAGUCUGAUGAAAAUCAUGCUGGGCAACUACGAGCAGCACCACUACGACAAGGAUCGGCUGCGCCAGUCGGCGGUCUCGCUGGGAACGCUGGAGGUCCCCGUGACCGACCUCGAACACAUCCGGGUGCUCAUCAACAAGUACUGCAACGACCUGCCGGACAGCCCGAAGCUGUCCCCCGACUGGUGUUUCAUCGAUUCUUGCACUGCCGAACGGUUCUUCCGGAUCGAUAGGGCGCAGGAAAAUUUACAUUACAUCACCGACAUAGCGAACGAGUGCGUGUUCGUGCUGGACCAGGAAAGCCCAACGUUGCCCCACACACCGGAAGCGGAGCAGGAAUCGAACGUAGAUUCGGGCGAACCGCAAUCACCGGGCGUUAACUCGCUGAACCGCUUGGUGGCCAGUCAACAGUACGCGGCUGAAUCUCGCGGCUCGCCAACGAUCGCCAACAUUCCGUCACGCAAAGAAUCUCCAGGAUCCCACAGCUCCCGCGAGGUACAGGGAUCGGAACCGCGCCAGAGUGGAAUCGACAACGAAACGAGGCUGGAGCAGAUGGUUAAUUUUAAAAGCUUCCACGAACGUUUAUUCGGCCUUAGUGAGGAUGCUUUUGGUUUCAGCAAUUUGCUGGAGAAAACCACGGACGCAGUAAUAAAGGCAGCCAAAGCAAGUGACCUUGUGUUGCUGACGGACCUGCACCUACAAGGCUACUCGCUGCUGUCGAUCGAUGCCACCGGUCAAACGGCCCUACAUCACGGUGCCCGCUGUGGCCACAAGGACAUCGUUCGCUACAUCAUUUCCUACGCUCCCAGCUCGAUCAUCAAUAUGAUCGAUAAUGAAUCUGGGCAGACAGCGCUGCACAAAGCGGCCGCUAGCAAGCAGCGAAGCAUAUGCUACAUGCUUAUCGCGGCCGGUGCAAGCCUUAGCAUUCAGGACAAUAACGGGCGGACGGCCCGAAUGUUGGCCUCGGACGUGGACGAUUUCGAACUAGCCUUGUAUCUGGAAAAUCAGGAACAAUUCCAGCUGUUGGACCACCGGAGCGGUGCCUCGUGAGAAGUGCAGCGUAACUGCUUCCAAGUAGUCCACCAUUUGAAACUUCUCUCCUAAUGCUGCCGUUGUAAACUUCGUUGCCGUACGUAGAAUCUCGUGUUAUUUAAUGUUACUACUUUCUCAGCCAACCAGACCCGUGGGGGGCAAUAACAACCGUCCAUGACUCCUCCUUGCCGUCACACGUUAGCAGUAAGCGCGAGAGAGACUCACGGGAAUCGUUCGAACCAGUCACCGGAUAAUCCCCGCGAGAGUUUAUUUAUUAAAACUGUUGGCUAGCGAUGUACCUACUACUACAAUGUUUGAAGCGAGAAGCACGGCUUUGUUUUUAACUUUAUGAUUUUAAACCUACGAUGAUCUGUGAAGACAUUUAAAGACAGGCUUCUCGUGUAUUACUUAAUUUUUAGACGAACCACACAAAAGAUACGGUCACUUUAUAUUGGCGACCAUUUUAUAAGUUACUAGAGCAAAAACAGUAUGCAAUUUUCAGUAUCACGUUUUAAGUGUAUUUUCGUUUCACGUUGAAUUAGCAAAGAUCGGGACCACCAAAAAGGCUAACGCAUGCAGCGGAUCGAACGAAAAGAAUUAAACUGCUAAAAGACAUCACUAUUUAUUAGAUACCCAUUGAUGUAAGAUGAAUUUUUAAUAACGAAACAGUUGAAUUGUUGAUUAAUAAAUUAAGAGAAAUUAGUGGA